GCUACUCGGCUAGCUCAAGUCAACCGCACCUCCCCACAUCGGCCGCAGCAUCCGAAAAUUUGACCCACCUCUCACAGGUGUGCGCCGGAUCGAGAGUACACACACGCACACGCUCGGCUUGCUCUUCCGCUGCGGCGGCCGGGAAUGGAAAGCAGUGGGAACGGCGGCGAGGCGGCCGGUGAAGUGACCCGCGCCGACUUCCCCGAGGGAUUCGUCUUCGGUGUUGCCACCUCCGCCUACCAGAUCGAGGGGGCAAGACAUGAGGGUGGCAAAGGCGAUAGCAUAUGGGAUGUAUUUGCAGAUAAAAAAGAGCAUAUCCUAGAUGGAAGCUCUGGAGAAGUUGCAGUUGAUCAUUACCAUCGAUACAAGGAAGACAUUGAGCUCAUGGCCAAGUUGGGGUUUCGUGCUUAUAGAUUUUCCAUAUCUUGGUCACGGAUAUUUCCUGAUGGCCUAGGGAAGGAGAUCAAUGAGCAAGGAGUUGCUUUCUAUAACAAUCUUAUAGAUUUCAUGAUUGAGAAAGGUAUUCAGCCUUAUGCAACUCUGUAUCACUGGGAUCUUCCAAAUAACCUUCACCAGACUAUGGGGGGUUGGCUUUCGGACAAGAUUGUAGAGUACUUCGCAUUAUAUGCAGAAGCGUGCUUUGCAAAUUUUGGCGAUAGAGUUAAGCAUUGGAUGACAAUCAAUGAACCUCUUUCAACAUCCCUCAGUGGUUAUGCGAAUGGAAACUUUGCACCCGGAGUAUGUGAAAGUGAAGCUGGUGAACCUUUCUUGGCCGCCCAUCACCAGAUCUUAGCGCAUGCUGCUUCUGUUGAUGUCUACAGAAGAAAAUUUAAGGCUUUACAAGGUGGCCAAGUUGGGUUUGUUGUUGAUUGUAUAUGGGCAGAGCCAGCGUCUGAUAAAAUGGAAGAUCAGGAUGCUGCAGCACGAUUUAUAGACUUUCUACUUGGAUGGUACCUGGACCCAAUAUACUUUGGUGAUUAUCCAGAAAGCAUGCGGCAGAGAUUGGGCGAUCAUCUUCCAAAAUUCUCAGCGAAAGAUCGUGAAUUUAUCAGGAACAAAAUUGAUUUUAUUGGAUUAAAUAACUAUACAUCAAGAUUCAUUGCUAAUCACACAAACCCGCAGGGAAAACAGAUCCAUUUUUAUCAUGCUCAACAGACAAAGAUGAUGGACAAAUCGAGUAGCGGUGAAGGAAUUGGUGAAAGAGCUGCGUCUAAUUGGCUUUAUAUAGUUCCUUGGGGUAUUCGGAAAAUGAUUAACCAUGUCGCAAAGAAAUAUGACAAUCCAAUAAUAUAUAUAACAGAGAAUGGCAUGGAUGACGAAGAUGAUCCAUCAGCAACACUUGAUCAGGUCUUAAAUGAUACAAAGAGGGUUGGAUUCUUCAAAGGAUAUGUUAGUGGAGUCGCAGAAGCAAUAAGGGAUGGUGCCGAUGUUCGUGGGUACUUUGCAUGGUCAUUCUUGGAUAACUUUGAGUGGGCGAUGGGAUACACCAAGAGGUUUGGGAUUGUCUAUGUUGAUUAUAAGAAUGGGUUCUCCCGACACCCUAAAGCAUCAGCCAUGUGGUUUUCACGUUUCUUGAACGGCGAGGCUGCUGACAACAAACCUGACACAAACUAAGUCCAUCUUCACAAAGAAUAACUCGAGUAUCCGAACUUGAUGGCCUCAGCAACUUUGAGUGGGCAACAGGAUUGAUACACCAAGAGGGGUCUGGUAGUGUACAAGAAUGGGCUUUUGCGACAUUUUGCCGUACCAGCCAUGUGGUUCUCGAUCACACUUUUCGCUGAAAACAAAGACGGCACGAACUGAGCCAUCCCUCAGCAAGUAAAUAAACAUUACACAGUGAUUGUUUUCCCUGUUAUUGUACUGUACUGUAAUUGGCGGUGUAUAUACUCAAGAUAAUAAUUGCAUCCCAUCUCUGAUGCUCUGUACGGUCUGCCAUUAAUCCAAUGAAUAUGUUUGCUGCUUGA